AAAAUACCAAUAAUGAACAUUAAGCCUCGACUUUAUGGAGAUGCAAAUUUAAAAAAGAGACCAUCAUACUUUGAAUUUGAAAACAUAGAUAUUCAUUACGGGUAUUGUUGAAUAUUAUAGUUAGACAACUUGACAAUUAUGAAAUUGUAAGAAAAAUUGGUAGGGGAAAAUAUGCAGAAGUUUUUGAAGGAAUCAAUGUCAAUACACUUCAAAAGGUUGUUAUCAAAGCUUUAAAGCCAAGUAUAAAAUAUAGAUAUCUAAUAGUAAGACAGAAAAAGAUAAAGAGAGAAAUAAAAAUUUUAUAAAAUUUGAAUGGGUAAAACAAUGUGAUGAAAUUACUUGAUAUUGUAUAUGAUCCAGCUUCAAAGACUACAAGUUUGAUUUUGGAGUUCAUCAAUAACACAGAUUAUAGAGUAUUAUACCCUCAAUUGCAAGACUAAGAUGUUCGCUUUUACAUGUAUGAAAUUUUAAAAGUAUUUUUAAUAUAUAUAUGUAUAGUCUCUAGAUCAUUGUCAUAGUAUGGGCAUAAUACACAGGGAUAUCAAACCUCAUAAUAUAAUGAUUGAUCAUGAAAAGAAGUUAUUGAAAUUGAUUGAUUUUGGAUUGGCAGAGUUCUAUUUCCCCAAUAAAAAUUAUAAUUGUAGAGUGNAGAGAAUUUAUAAAUUAUUAAAUUAUAUUACUUAAUAAAUUCAUAUUUUAAGCAUUUUAAUGACAAUUUUUACAAUUUUAUUUAUUUAUUAUAUUCACUAGUAAUUUGAUGUUAUAAGCAAUUUAAUGACAUUUUUAAGGAAUUAAUAAAUUAUUAAUUUAUAUUAUUUUGUAAAUUCAUAUUUUAAUUAUUUUAAUGACAGUUUUUGA